AUGUCUACAGUUUUUCAAGAGCCGCCGCAGGCUCCUCCCCUCUUCAAUUACACUGCCGAUACUGUUAAUCGACUUGCCCGUUCCAUCGUUGACACAAGACGCAAGUUGCUCGACAAAAUAGCAUCCACAAUUACUCGGGAAACAGCAACUUUCGAAAAUGUGGUGGAGGCUAUCGCUCGUGACUAUGACUAUGCGAGCAUAAAUACGCGGGUGAUCUACUUUUACGACUACGAGAUCGACAGUUCCACGCGCGAAGACGUAUUCCAGCUAAUCGAUGCUGUUCAUUCGAAGCGAGGUCGAUUAUCACUCUGCCCAGAAGACCUGCGCUUAAUCGAAAGGAUGCAUAAGCAAAGCAUCUCAGACGGCCUCGGCAUAGUCCCCGGCCCGAAACGUGAUCAUUUCAAAAAGAUACGAGCACGCUUAGAUGCGUUGCAAGCCAAAUACAAGAAGAAUCUUGUUGAGGAAAAGGGUUUUAUUUGGCUCGAACGGCACGAGCUUGACGGCGUUCCGGAAGAUGUCAUCUGCACUCUCGAACAGGCCAAUAGCGAGGACAGUCAGAAGCUGCGCCUUACGUUCAAGUAUCCUCACCUGCGGCCGGUGCUGGGACAUGCGACAGAUCCUGACGUUCGCCAGCGAGUUUGGCUUGCCAAUCAGAACAAAUGCCCAGAAAAUGCGGCUUUGUUUAACGAAACCAUUCUUUUGCGGGAUGAAGCUGCUCGCAUGCUGGGCUUCAAGAGCCACGCGACUCGGAAGCUCAGAGGCAGCAUGGCCAAAAACCCCGAGAAAGUAUGGGCGUUCUUGACUGAGCUUCAGUCGCCACUAACGCUAGCGGCAGAGAAGGAGUUGAGCAAUUUGAGGGGCAUCAAAGCGAGAGAUUGCAUCGCGAGAGGCCUAAAAAAUGACGGCAAUUUCUACUUUUGGGACCUUGACUACUACGAACGACUCAUGUUGGAAUCACAACAUGGCGUUGACUUCUUACAAAUCGCAGAAUAUUUCCCUCUUGACAACACUGUCUCCGCAAUGCUCAACAUUUUCGAGUCACUCAUGGGCCUCACAUUUGAGAAGCUUGGAAGCCAAGCUCUGGCAAGAUUGAGCCCUACUGGGCAAGCUGACGAUGUCAGAUGGCACCGAGAUAACCUGGUUUUUAGCGCAUGGGAAAGGGGUAUUGAUUGCGAGCAGGAUGACACGGUAAAGUUUUUGGGCUAUUUGUACAUGGACUUGCAUCCGCGCGAAGGAAAGUAUGGCCACCUUGCUCAGUACAAUCUCCAGCCGGGCUUCACGCUCAGAGACGGAACGAGGCACUACCCGGCAGCAGCGCUAUUGUGCAACUACAGCCUGCCCACCGCCGAUAAGCCGGCGCUGCUAAAGCACAGCGAGGUCGUCAACCUGUUUCACGAGCUUGGUCACGCGAUUCAUAAUCUGUCUAGCAAGACAAUGUAUUGCAAACUGCACGGUACAGCCAACCCACGCGAUUUUGUGGAGGCACCGUCGCAAAUGCUCGAACAUUGGUGUUGGACGCCAAGUGUUCUCAAAUCAGUUUCACGGCAUUGGAACACUGGUCAAAAUCUCCCCGAUGCACUAAUUGACGGUCUGGUGGCAACCAAAAACGUCAAUUCGGCUCUGGCUGAUCUUCGUGAUCUUCAGCUUGCAUUAUUUGACAUGAAAUGCCACGACCCCGAGAGCCACGAUCAGCUUGAGAGCCUAAGUCCUACCUCCCUGUACCAAGAGCUCCUUACCUCAACCACUCUUCUUCAAGGCCCUGAUUUAAAAUUGACGAAUGAAGAUUGGAGCCAUGGCUACGCAAAUCACGUUCACCUCAUGGGCGGCUACGACGCGGGUUACUAUGGGUACCUCUACUCCAAGGUCUUUUCCACGGACAUGUUUUACUCGGCUUUUAGAAUGAAUCCAAUGGACGAAAGACAAGGCAGGAAAUAUAGACAAUCUGUUCUGGAGUAUGGCAGUAGCCGGGAUGAGCUUCAGGGUUUAACGGAAUUCCUUGGUCGCGAACCCAGUUCAGAAGCCUUUCAUCAAGAGCUGGGAAUCGCAGAUUAUAUCGGUAUUUUGAAUUCAUAA